AUGCAUGUGUUUGCGUUUCCUAUUAAGCUUGCUGCUGCUGCUGCUGCUGCUGCUGCAGUAGCAGCAGCAGCAGCAGCAGCAGCAAUUGAACUCGAUCAAAUGCUGCAGGUUCAAGCACCAUCUCUGCCGAUGGAGGAGAUAAGAGAGAAGACAGCGCAUUGGGGGGACUCCCCAUUUGCAACGGAGUUGCAUGCGUAUGCUAUUCUUCACCUCUCAGCAGCAGCAACAGAGCAGCAGCAGCAGCAGCAGCAGCAGCAGGAGGCUCGCCAGCGUAUUUGCACUUCCUUAGUUAAAAUGCUGCAGCGCUGGCAGCAAAACCACCCACGUCUUUUUCAAGCAGUGCAGCAGCAGCAGCAACAGCAGCAACAGCAACAGGAGCAGCAGCAGCAACAACAGCAGCAACAGCAGCAGCAACAACAGCAGCAGCAGCAACAGCAGCAGCAACAGCAGGAAGCUGAGGACCUGCCACUAGAAGAUCUUACAGAGUUGCUGCAGGUGUUAGAAGCAGCAGCAGCAGCAAACUGCUUUUCUGCGGUGUAUCCGCAGCUCAGGGGAGUGUAUAAACCUGUGCUGCUUCAUUUCCUUCACUCUCCUCUGCAGCAGCAGGAGCCUGCAGCAGCAAUCCGUGCUGCGUUGUGGUCUGCUGCUGCUGCUGCUGCUGCUGCUGCUUCGGUUGGUGCUGCUGCUAAUGCAACUCUUGCUGCAGCAGCGCAGCAGGAGUUUGGGCUGUACGAUCGGUUAGCUGAAGCAAAGGGAAGACAAUUAAUAAACAUCGCUAAGCAAAUCAAACCAGGUGCUGCUUCUGAGGCUGCUGCAGUGCUGCUGCGGGGAGCGCAGCCCUUGGUAGCAGCACCAGAUGAAUUAUUAGUUGAGGUGUACAGGCAGCUCAAGGGGGCCUUAGCACAUAGACAAACCCCAACAACUUUUCUUGCUAUUUCUCUUUUGUUAAUUACAUUCUACAGGUGUAUAGAUUCUUUUCCUUUGUCUUUUCCUUCUUCUGCGGAUACUCGUUUAAGUUUGAGUGCUGCUGUUGCGAGUUUAAUGAAAUUAAUUAGCAGCAGUAUGCAGCAGCAGCAGCAGCUGCCUGUUGGGGUGUACAUGCAGCUUGCUGCGCUGCAUGCAGCAGCAGCAGCAGGAGCAUUCACAGCAGAAAUAGUAGCAGGGGAGAGAUCUUUUUAUUUAUGUAAUGUUCUAGGGCAGCAGCUGCAGCAGCAGCAGCAGCAGCAGCUGGUGCUGCGCAUGCAAAUAAAACAAACAGAAAGAAAUGACAAACAAAACAAGAACGAAGAGCAAACACAAACUGUUUUAUUUGAUGCUUCUGCUGCUAACCCCUGCUUAUAUACUCCUCAAGCUGCAGCGUUGCGCAGUGCUGCAGCAGUUAGCUUCGAACUGCAGCAGGGAGACGCCACACGCAGAAUUAAUCCCAAACAGAAAUUGGCGAAGCCCGGGCUGGCGAAGAAACUAGACCAG